UAAAUUUCUGAUUUUGGCGCAGAACUCUAUAAAACUUGCCGAGUGUCAGGUCGUUUUACAUUUCGGUGUCAAUUUUUUUCGAACUUGAAGUGAUCUUUCCAUUUGUUUCGUGUACGCCUAGAAAAAUAUACAACAUCAAAAUGUUCGAGGCACGUUUAGUUCAAAGCUCUGUUUUGAAGAAAGUUAUUGAGGCGGUUAAAGAACUCUUAUCCGAAGCAACUUUUGAGUGCUCCGAUUCUGGAAUGCAAGUUCAAGCUAUGGAUAAUGCCCACGUUUGUCUCGUUUCCUUAAAUCUGAGAAGCGAUGGAUUCGACAAAUACCGCUGCGACAGGAAUUUGUCGAUGGGAAUGAGCAUCACUUGCAUGUCCAAAAUCUUAAAAUGUGCCGGCACCGACGACACCGUUACCUUGAGAGCAUGGGACAAUCCAGAAUCAAUCAACGUUAUUUUCGAAUCGCCAAACAAAGAAAAAUUGGCUGAAUACGAAAUGAAACUCAUAAAUAUGGACCAGGAACAUCUUGGAAUUCCUGAAACUCUCUACUCUUGCACGGUGAAAUUGCCAUCAUCCGAAUUCGCACGAAUUGUCCGAGACUUGCAAAUGUUUGGUGAAUCAAUCACAAUCGCUUGCUCGAAGGAAGGCAUUAAAUUCAGCGCUGCCGGUGACAUUGGAACGGCAAACGUGAAAUUGGCGCAAACCGCAGAGGCUGACAAAGAAGAGGAAGCGGUCGUGAUCGACAUGCAAGAGCCAGUAAAGCAAGCAUUUUCCGCAAGAUAUCUGAAUAAUUUCGUUAAAGCGACCCCACUUUGUGCCCAAGUUCAGCUUUCAUUGUCCAACGACGUUCCUCUUGUCUGCGAAUACAAAAUUGGAGACAUCGGUCACAUCAGAUAUUACUUAGCACCCAAAAUCGAAGAUGAAGAGGAAAGCUAAGAAGAAGAAAGAGAAAAAAAACUGGCUGAGAUUGCUAACUAUUAAUCUUAAUUAAUUUAACACUCAUUUUAAUAAGUAUUGUCAUUCCUCCUGUAAUUAUUUAUUCGGACUUCUUCGCUUUCGAUUUAUAUUCUCACGUGCAUGAUUUAUGAAUUUUAUGUCGAGAGGGAAGAACUCUGAAGAAAAGGGUUUGAAAAUUGAGAGUAGAAUUUAAGUGCAGAUAAAUGCGUGAAAAUAGGAAAACAUCACUACGGUUAUGUAAAUCAGAUAUGUAAAAAUUGCUGUAUUUUUAAAAAUGACACAAUUGUGCUCUACGGUAUGUAUCACGCUAAAGAUUAAAUAUAUUUGAAAACUUUUUUUUUUAUAAAAAAA